AUGGCGCCCUUCGGACUCGACAGACACGAGUGGUGGAAGGAGCAGACGAUAUAUCAAAUCUACCCAUCUUCAUUUCAAGACAGCAAUGGCGAUGGCUGGGGUGACAUCAAAGGAAUCACGAGAAGACUAGAUUAUCUCAGGGAGCUUGGUGCGGAUACACUCUGGAGCUCCCCAUUCUUAAAAUCUCCACGAGUUGAUAUGGGUUACGACAUUUCCGACUUUAAGGGUAUAGACCCCUCAUACGGUACCAUGGAGGACGUGGACAAUCUACUUGCCGAAUUGAAAAAGCGUCAUAUGAGGAUGCUCAUGGAUCUGGUAGUCAAUCAUACCAGUGACCAGCACGCAUGGUUUCGAGAGUCGAGAUCAUCGUUGAAAAACUCCAAGCGAGAUUGGUAUAUUUGGAAGAAGCCGAAGAUGGUCGGCAAGGAUGGUACUCCACAGCCCCCAAAUAACUGGUCGCAGAUCCUGGGUGAAGCCAGCAGUGCAUGGAAUUAUGAUGAGAUUACGGGAGAGUAUUAUCUUGGUCUCUUCACUCCGGAGCAGCCAGACCUCAACUGGGAGAAUCCCGAGGUCCGACAAGCUGUGUACGAUGUGAUGCAUUUCUGGCUGAAGAAGGGAGCAUCCGGCUUCAGGAUGGAUGUGAUCAACCUGAUCAGCAAGGUCACCACGUAUCCAGAUGCUGAAAAGACGCUGGGAGAUGACCAUGAAUUUCAUCCAGGAAACAAGUUCUUCGUCAAUGGGCCGAGGUUCCACGAGUACAUGCAGGAGAUGAAUCGUGAGGUCCUAAGCAAAUACGAUUGCUAUACAGUUGGCGAAUCACCAGGCGUCUCUGACCUUGACGAGAUCCUCCGCUGUGUGGAAGCUAAUGCCGGAGAAUUGAACACUCAGUUCAUCUUCGACCUGGUCGAUAUGGAUUUUGUGCCUGGCGCUGUUCGAAUGGCUCUGCAUCCAUGGGAUGUCAAGAGGAUGAAGUCAAUCAUUACCAAAUAUCAACGUGCCAUGAUCGAACGUGAUGGCUGGAACACCGUUUUCAUCGAGAACCAUGAUAACCCACGGAGUGUCUCGAGGUUUACGGAUGAUAGUGACAGGUAUCGAGACAAGGGCGCUAAGCUACUGGCACUUAUGCAGACCACGUUGUCUGGGACACUUUUCGUGUAUCAAGGCGAAGAGAUAGGAAUGCGUAACGUGCCUAAAGAGUGGGAUAUCGAAGAGUACAAGGACAUUGAGAGCAUCAAUUUCUGGAAGAAAUCACUGCAGAAAUAUGGAGAUGACCCAAAGAAAAUGGCCGAAGCAAGGGAUAUCUUAGAGAAGAAAGCCAGAGAUAACUCGCGAACGCCCAUGCAAUGA